CACAGAGCCUUCCUUCCAAAGAUCUUUGUCAUUUGUCUCUGCAACACCUUUCUGAUAUCUUUCUCUCAACUGCAACAAAUUGCAAUGACUCCGGAUAAAGCACGUGUCAUGAUUGUUGGUCUGCUUGUCAUUCUGGCCUAUGUUCAUGGUAUGUCCCCUGGUGGAAACCGACGUUGCUUGUGCAAACGGCAUGUUGCCAAAAGGUUUGAUCUCAGAUCUUUAAAAAAAGUUGCGGUGUUCCCAAUAUCCCCUGGCUGUGAGAAUGUAGAGAUCAUUGCUACAUUGAAAUCUGGCCAACAUAUCUGCAUCGAUCCUGAAUCAAAAAGCAUCAACAAACUUAUUUUUGCUUUAAAGAAGAAAGGGUACAACAAAGCGAUUGGCUAAAUGAAAGGAAUGGCGCUUACUUCAAAAGCUACAAAUAGCUGGCAUUGUGCAGUUUACACCUUCAAAACAUAUUAAUCACAACUAACAAUAACUAAUGCUUAGCAUAAUAUAACUAAAAUAGUUUUAUAUUCUAUAUAUAUGAUUAUUUUUGAUUAAA